AAAAAAAAAAAACAACCGUGAGGGGGAAGGUCGCCGCUCGGUUCUUUCGCCUUCCCACUAUACGGCAGCCUUCGGCAGCGGCGGUAGCUCCCGGAGGACUCUCCCGAGCCCGGGCUAUGACCUGCCUCCCAAGCUACCUGAGUGGCGGCAAUCCCGGUGCCACCCUCCGCGCCUUGCUCAAAUCUUUACGGCGGCAACCGCCGUCAAGGAGGCAGCUCGCCCUCCCGCGCGUCCGCUUGGCUGAGCCCGCGGCUUCCUUCGCCGCCGCCGCCGCCGCCACAGUUGGACUCCCCCUGCGUUGUCCGGCGCUGGCGGAAAAGGGGUCGUCGCCGCCUUCGCCGCCGCCCUCCUUUCCCCUUCCUUCUCCUUCCCCUUCGCGGCGGUGCCUCGGCUCCGGCGGCCGCUCCAGCUUGUCCUCCAAGGCCGGCAGCGGGUUCCGCCCAUCCCGGGUGGUGGUGGUGGCCAAGACGACCCGUUACGAGUUCGAGCAGCAGCGGUACCGCUAUGCGGGGCUCUCCGAGGAGGAUCUCAAGCAGCUGCUUGCAUUAAAAGGAUCUAAUUACAGUGGUCUAUUAGAACGGCAUCGGAUUCAUACAAAAAAUGUGGAACAUAUUGUAAAUAGUCUAAGAAAUGAGAAGAUUGAAGUUCGGCUUGUGAAACGGAGAGACUAUGAUGAAGAGACUGUCCAAUGGGCAGAUGCUGUUAUAGCAGCAGGAGGUGAUGGAACAAUGCUUCUGGCGGCCAGUAAGGUACUGGAUCAAUUAAAACCAGUUAUUGGAAUAAAUACAGAUCCAGAUAGAUCUGAGGGCCACUUGUGUUUACCUGUACGAUAUACACACUCAUUUCCAGAUGCUUUGCAGAAACUUUAUACUGGUGAAUUCAGAUGGCAAUGGAGGCAACGAAUCCGGUUGUACCUUGAAGGAACUGGUGUUAAUCCAGUCCCUGUAGAUUUACAUGAACAGCAACUGAGUCAAGAACAGCACAGCAGGGCCCAUGUUAAUGGAAGAUUUCAGGAUCAAAGAUCUCAGAUUUCUGAACCACACCUCUUGCCUGUAAGAUCGUUAAAUGAAGUCUUUAUUGGAGAGUCUCUCUCAUCCAGGGUGAACUAUAAGUCCUGCAAACCCAGUUUUAAAUUCUCCCUUCGUAGGGCUUCUUAUUAUGAAAUAUCAGUAGAUGAUGGUCCAUGGGAGAAACAAAAGAGCUCAGGUCUCAAUAUAUGCACUGGAACAGGAUCAAAAGCUUGGUCUUUUAAUAUCAACAAAAUAGCAAAUCAGGCUGUGGAAGAAAUUCUUAAGAUUGCUAAAAGUUAUGAGAAUUUGAAGCUUCCAUUGAACAAGGAACUAAUACAGAAAGUCACAAAUGGAUAUAAUGAAUCACUGCUCUAUAGUCCAGAGGAACCUAGGUUGUUUUUUAGUGUACGAGAACCCAUUUCAAACCGUGUUUUUUCAAGUAGUCGGCAACGAGGCUUUGCUUCAAAAGUUUGCAUUCGUUCUCGUUGUUGGGAUGCCUGUAUGGUAGUAGAUGGAGGAACUUCAUUUGAAUUUAAUGAUGGAGCAAUAGCAUCAAUAUUAAUCAAUACAGAAGAUGCCCUACGUACUGUUUUGCUAGAAGACUGAAGACAUCAUUGAGAGUAUUCAAAAUUCUUCACAAACAUGCUGAACUCUCUGUAUUUAAGUCUUGGUUCUCUCUGGUGGGUUUCCCAGCCUUUCUUGAUCAGCGGAAGCAUGUGGAAUGUUGAGGCCAUGCCAACAUCUGCCUUGGAUUGUGACUGUUCACAAAAUGCCUGCCUUGGCAACCUUAGCCAGUCAUCUACAAGAGGGCAAACUGAUGAAGAUGCUUUCUUGUGGAGGUGUGUAGACAUUUCUAAGGAAACACUUGGCUGCGAUUGCACUUUCCAGAUUGCUUAUGUGACUGUGUGCCGGUAAGAGUUUGUGAAGAUGAUACUUGAGAUUGGCUCUUUGCUUUGCAAGUUUUCUUGAUGUCUCUUUUAUUAAAAACAAAAAAUUAAACCAGCCGGAAUUGAGUGCUAAGGGAGAGGCCCACAGCAGACUCUUGAUAGGACUCACUAAAUAUUUGAAUGGUACUGUGUUCUCAUCGCAAAUGGAUCAUCAUGUUGAAAAUUUAUGUCCCAUUUUCUUAAAUUGUGCCAGUAAUGAAGGGUUAAGAAUACCAUACUACUGUUGUCCAUUAGAUUAAAAGAUAAUAAAAAGAUGCGAGGAGCAGCUGGCCUUUGAAAUGAUGUGAUCUAAAAUGUGGGUUUUACUUGCUAUUUUAUAUAGCAGUGUUCUUAGAUGUCUUUUUAAGGGAAAAGCAGAGGAUAUCAUAGUGGAUUUUUUGAGUCCUGCCAAAGAUUUAAAAAAACCUUAGUGUUCUUUGGGAAUAAGCAAACAUCCUUCCUUAUCAUCUGGCUCAUGCCAUCUAGGCCAAGAGCUGAAAUCUGGGGGAAUACUAAAUCCAUAUUAAAUGCCAAACCUGUCUGAUAUCACAGUGUCUAUAAGUGUGCUGUCAGGGCUUCAUUUUAUCUGCCUCCCCUACUGGCCAGUCAAGCAGUGGGAAGGGCUUGUGACCAAUUAGCAUUUGGACUCUAUUUAGUAGAGGGUAAAAGGGUCACCUUUUGUUUUCAAUCACAUUUUGAGAGGAUACAAAUAUUUGUGUUUGCACAAUAUGCCUUACCAAGGAAAGGUGCUUGUGGGCUACAGAAAACACUCUUAACCCUCAAAUUGCUGACGUUCUGGACCUUCCUAAUAAUGCAAUUAAAUGUGCCAAAUGUGGGUUUUUUAAUGAGCAUCAAAGAAACAAUUGAGUGACAAACCAUAGAUUUUCUGGCCAUGAUAAUUAACAGUAAUGAAAAUAGAAUGGAAACAAGACAGUCUUUAAAAAGAUUGUUCUAUCUUAAGAACAUGCCUUUAAGCCAAAAGUUCUUAAAAAAAAAAAGCAAAUAUUGCUGUGUCAAAAAUAGUUGAAUGUGUACAAAUUAAACUCAAUACAACUAUGCCUUUUUUCAAAAUUGUUUUAUUUAAAAUGUAUGCUGUGGUUAGUAAAUUAAUAAAUGAAUUUUUUCUUGCUUUUUAAACUGCUUUGUAUGUCACUAACAUUUACCGUAACAAGAAAUACAUUUUAGAAUGUUAAAUAAUCUGUGCACUUAGAAUGUUAAAUAAUCUCUGCACAUCUUUAUGAAAUCUUGUAAAUAGGACUUUUCUUUUUAAAUAUUGUAUUAUUAGGACCACAGAAGAAUUAGGAAAAAGGAUACUUCAUAGUAAUUUCUCAUAUAUUAUAGUGCAUUUAGAACUAAUGCAACUACAUUUCCCAUUUGAGUCUUUCAUGUAGCAAAAUUAAUAUCCUAUUUCAUGAAAAAAAAAAUCAGGUUGCAGUUAUGUUUUGCUCCUUGGAUUUCCCUUAUUGAUUUUCCCUUUUAAGGACAAUUCAGUUAUAUUUUAACUAGACAUUUUUAUCUUGCUACUACCUUCUCAGCAGGAAAAAAAUCAGGUGCACAGGGAAAUAUGGAGACUUUGAAGAGCACAUUUUUGUUUUGGUUAUAAGUUAUUUUUUAAUGUUUUGACAAGAUGGACAAUAACAGCAGGAUUAAGAUGUAUUUGUAUUCUGCUUUUAUUUUUUUAUUUGAAUGUAGUAUGGGUAGUCUUUUAUUAAUGGCCUGUUCAUUGUCUGAACUUAAAUGGUGUUAAACAAAUGGUUAUGCUCAGCCAUCUUACUAGCCCUGCUGUCAGGUGAUCAUGAUCUAGGUACUUGGCAACCAACUUCUUGUGGGGUUGUGCAAUAACAUGAUUGCAAUUUUCACUUUCCCUGCUGGCUUCCCCCAAGUAAAUUCAGUGGGGAAGCCAAGCAAGGAAUGUUGCAAGUUACUCCAGCAUGUAUGCCCAUCUGAGCACUUUCCCCCAGCCCCUCUGUAUUCAAACCAAGCUUUGCUGGCUCACUCGUGCUGUGCCUCCCCAGCCACCCACAUAUUACCCCACUCCCUGUCUCACUCAGCAGCAGCGGCCAGUCUGCCUGUGGUUCCCCAGGGACUUAUCCCUUCCUGCCAACUACCCCAUUGACUCUGCUUGUGGGAAGCUGGCAGGAAGUUGCAAGAGGUGCUCACUUAAUGAACCACAAUCCUCGCUUAACAGAGGCAGUAGGGUCUGCAGGGGUCGCCGUUGCUAAGCAAUGCAGCCACGUGACAUUGUGCUGUACAAGAACAUCUCUUAAUGAUGGAAAUUCCAGUCCCAAGUGUAAGGAAUAUCUGUGUAACCAUUAGCAACAUGUAGCUGUGUUGUUUGUACUCAAUGACUAUAGAGAUUCGAGACAAGAAAUUCCAGAGCUGAGAUCUAAACAACUACGAUGUUGUUUCCAGAUAAAGGCCAGAAUCUUAAGUAUAUCAACACAAAUACACUCUACUCCCUACUGUUCUGACCCAACUGGGUUCCCAGAGAGCAAAUACAGACAAAGGCAGCAGCCCACACCUUU